CUCCGCCUCCGCCUCCGCCUUCAGGGAGGCCCGAGCGGCUGCGGGGCGGAUCGGCAGCCGCCGGGCGGGCGGCGAUCCAGGGAGGUGCGGGGCCCGUGCGGGGGCCCGGCGGCGCGGCCGGCAUGGAGGCGCUGCUGCUGGGCGCGGGGCUGCUGCUGGGCGCCUACGUGCUUGUCUAUUACAACCUGGUGAAGGCCCCGCCCUGCGGCGGCAUAGCCAGCCUGCGCGGCCGCACGGCCGUGGUCACCGGCGCCAACAGCGGCAUCGGGAAGAUGACGGCGCUGGAGCUGGCGCGCCGGGGAGCGCGCGUGGUGCUGGCCUGUCGGAGCCGGGAGCGCGGUGAGGCGGCCGCCUUCGACCUCCGCCAGGAGAGUGGGAACAAUGAGGUCAUCUUCAUGGCCUUGGACUUGGCCAGCCUGGCCUCCGUUCGGGCCUUUGCUACUGCCUUCCUGAGCUCUGAGCCACGGCUGGACAUCCUCAUCCACAAUGCCGGGAUCAGUUCCUGUGGCCGGACCCACAAGCCGUUUAACCUGCUGCUGCGAGUGAACCACAUUGGCCCCUUCCUGCUGACACACUUGCUGCUGCCCCGGCUGAAGACCUGCGCCCCUAGCCGCGUGGUGGUGGUAUCCUCAGCCGCCCACCGGCGAGGGCGCCUCGACUUCACACGCCUGGAUCGGCCGGUGGUGGGCUGGCGGCAGGAGCUACGGGCAUAUGCCGACAGUAAGCUGGCCAACGUGUUGUUUGCCAGGGAGCUCGCCACUCAGCUUGAGGGUACUGGUGUCACCUGCUAUGCAGCCCACCCAGGGCCUGUGAACUCGGAGCUAUUCCUGCGCCACGUUCCUGGAUGGCUGUGCCCACUUUUGCGCCCACUAGCUUGGCUUGUGCUGCGGGCCCCAAGAGGGGGUGCCCAGACACCCCUGUACUGCGCUUUACAGGAGGGCAUUGAGCCCUUCAGUGGGAGAUAUUUUGCCAACUGCCACGUGGAGGAGGUGCCCCCAGCUGCCCGAGAUGACCGUGCAGCCCACCGGCUGUGGGAGGCCAGCAAAAGGCUGGCAGGGCUUGGGCCCAGUGAGGAGGCCGAACCUGAUGAAGAUCCCCAGCCUGAGGACCCAGGGGCCCCAUCUUCCCCGAGCAGCCCCCACCCUGAGGAGCUCACAGUUUCUGAACCCCACCCCAGCCCUCAGAGUUCACCAGACUUGUCUGAAGUCACACGCCGAAUUCACGUUAAAACUGAACCUGAGCCCUAAAUCUCUUAAUCCAGGCUGGGAUACUUUCCAUGGCACUCGGUGGCCCUUGAAAACCUUAACUGCAUGCCAGGCCAUGCCCUGGGCACUGAGGGGUUUGCAAUUUUUACCUCCAUGGUCCCUUUCUGGGGCUUCAAAUUGUGUUCUGAACAGCCCUUUUUCUGGUGGAAGGAAAUCGUGGGUAAUGAUUUCUUCCUGAGAAUAACAAUAAUCCCAGAUUGAGAGGUGAGGGAUAAUGUGCCAGA